AUGGCGCGUCGCCCUCGACUGACUGCCGCGCGCAUCUGCACGCGGGCGACGACACCGUCAAUGGCGCUCGGGUCGGUCGCGCACGUGUCCACUACUACCGGUCACGCUCCAGGGCCUGUAGCAGGAGAGCCGCAGCGUCGUCUCCUGUACGACGCGCACGUGCCCACAACUCCGCUCCAGAAACUCGUACUGGCCGUGACGUCGGCGGUCUCGGUGUUUGCCAACCCUAACCGCAGCGACAUGCUGGCCGUGCUAGGCGACGUCACGGGGCGUGACGCACUGCGCCGGAUCCAUGCACACAUGUGCGCGGAUCCCAUUGGCGCACGCAUUUUGGCCGACAAACCCGUGAUCCGCAACCAUCGGAUCGAUCGCGACCGUCUGCGCGCACUGCCGACGCACACGUUCGGCCAUCAGUACGCGCUGUUUAUGGACCGCUACGGCUUUGAUGCCGACGACCGCGCGCCCGUGCGGUUCGUCGAUGACCCGGAGCUGGCGUACGUCAUGCAGCGCCAUCGCGAGUCGCACGACUUUUGGCACACGCUGUUUGGCCUGCCCGCGACGGUCGUGGGCGAGUUGGCGCUAAAGUACGUCGAGAUGGCGCACGCACAGCUGCCGGUGAGUGCGCUGAGUGCGUUCGUGGGCCCGUUGCGCCUCUCGAGCGACGAACGGCGGCUGCUGGCGACUGUGUACGUGCCAUGGGCGUGUCGCGCGUCGAAGAAGGCGCACUCGUUGCACUGCGUUAUGUACGAAGAAGAGUUUGAGACGCCGAUUGAAGAGCUGCGUGAGCGGCUGAACAUUGAAGUCGCUCCAGUGUUGUCGGAGCACAAGUGA